CGCGGGGCGCAGCGCAGCGGGGCCGCGGCCGCCGCCUCCGUCGCUGCGUGGGGCGGUCGCUCACCCGCGCCCUCCCUUUGUGCUUGUCUCUCCCUGCCGCCAUGCCGCGCCGCGCCGCGCCCGCUCCGCUGUGGCCCGGCGGCCUCCGCCCGCGCCGCUGAAGCAGCAGCAGCAGCAGCAGCAGCAGGAGGAGGAGGAGGAGGAAGCAGCGAGGAGCCGGAGGGGGCGGCCCGCCCGCCGCCCCAUGCCGCGGCCCCGUCCCGCCGCCCGCCCGCCGCCGCCCUGCAUGGACGGGCAUGGGGAGAGCAGCGCCGUCCCGCGCCGCCGGGGCUGAGCCGCCGCCGCGCCGCCGCCCGCCCGCCGCCCUCGGCCUGCUCGCCGCCCUGGGGCUGCUGCUGCGCGCAGGUGACUGCCAGCUGCAAACACAUUGUCGAAUCCAGAAGUGCACCACAGACUUUGUGUCCUUAACUUCACAUCUAAACCCUGCUCUUGAUGGCUUUGAUUUGGAGUUCUGCAAGGCCCUGCGGGCGUACUCUGCCUGCACCUACCGCAACUCCAAAGUAUGCCGGGGAAACCUCGUCUACCAUUCUGCGGUGCUCGGGAUCAGCGACCUCAUGAGCCAGAGAAACUGCUCCAAGGAUGGACCCACAUCCUCCACCAACCCCGAGGUGACCCACGAUCCCUGCCACUACAGUGGGCAUGCAGGAACCAGAGACCACCAGGGAGGAGAGCAGACUUCUCCUCCUACUUACCUAUUUUGUGGCUUGUUUGGUGAUCCUCAUCUGAGAACUUUUAAGGAUCACUUCCAGACAUGCAAAGUGGAAGGGGCCUGGCCUCUCAUAGACAAUAACUACUUAUCAGUGCAAGUGACAAAUGUGCCUGUGGUCCCAGGAUCCAGUGCUACUGCUACAAAUAAGAUAACUAUUAUCUUUAAAUCAUACCAAGACUGUACAGAUCAGAAAGUAUAUCAGGCAGUGACUGAUGACCUACCUGCAGCCUUUGUGGAUGGCACAACAAGCGGAGGUGAUGGGAACACCAAGAGCCUGCGAAUUGUGGAGAAAAUCAGCGGCAAAUACGUCGAAAUGCAUGCCAGGUACAUGGGGACUACAGUGUAUAUACGCCAGCUUGGGCGUUACUUAACACUGGCCAUCCGCAUGCCUCAAGAGUUAGCUAUGGCCUAUGAGGAGAGUCAGGACCUGCAGCUGUGUGUGAAUGGUUGCCCAUCAAGCGAGCGUAUUGAUGACAGCGGCCACUUGCCACUGCCUGUGAUGGGGCAAUCGCUCCCCCAGGCCGGCACUGCUCAUCCCCGCUCAGUGUACACACUGGAAACUGCCACCACAAAAUGCCAUGAGAAGAUGCUGGUGAAGGACAUCUAUUUUUACUCAUGCGUGUUUGACCUACUCACCACUGGUGAUGCUAACUUCACGGCUGCUGCUCACAGUGCCUUGCAGGAUGUGGAGGCAUUGCACCCCAGAAAAGAGCGCUGGCACAUCUUUCCCAGCAACAGAGGUGGUGGCAUGAGCAAGGGUGGCGAAUUGUUUGUCAGUUUUGGACUUGUGUGCUUGAUUCUUGUUGAGUUUUUGUAGGAUUUUUUUUGUCUAUAACAAAGUUUUGAAAUAUAUAUUGUCAUAAUAUAUUGAGUAAAGAUAAGUAUAUAUGUAUAUACCAUGUAUAUGAAGGGAUGUUUUGUCUUGAGACGCCCACCAGACUGUACAUAUUCUGUUACUGUUUUCAUGUAUGUUGGAUGUAGUAUUCUUUGUAUCUAUUUGUUUUGCAGUUGGUGAAAUGUUUUAUAAUGUCCCUGCAUUGGGACCUGAUAGAAAGCACUUUAUUUUUUAUAUAUUAAAUAUUUAUGUGUGUAUCUGAGUAAUUAUGUAUUAUACAUAUACACAUGUACAUACAAUACCCAGUGCUCCCUCUAAGUAUUACUUUGUUUAAAAAAUUUUUUUCAUCAUAUUGUUUUUUUUUCCCUACUCUUUCUCUUACUGUAGAGGUUAGCACCUCUCUCUUCCUACAGUCACACUGGUGAUUUGUUGCAUUCUCUAGUUUAAGCCGGUUAAGAAUGGAAUCUUAUUCUGUCCCUUGAAUGCGCCUUCCUUCUUUGGCGGGAACUCAAAAGACCAUCUUGUAUAACUCUGCUUCUGCUAUGCACAGCAUUUAUGCUGUAGAGACUUGAAAUACAAAACCACCUUUAUAAUCCUGACGUCUUCUAAUUCCAUAGCAUGAUUUUCAAAUGAAGGAAAGUAUGUACACCAUCCCUCUGUGAAUGCAGUGGAGUGAGACUUACGUAGCCUGUAGAAGCACUGGAGAAUUGACUUCUAAAGCUAUUUAAAUCGUCUAGUUCUUGUAACUUUAGAAAGAGUUAGGUAACUUUCUCAUAUCCUCUUCAAAAUACUUACUUAUUGCAGCAGUUCCUACCUGGAAGGUCAGUUAAGUUAUUUUGCAGCUUGGACUGGAGAAAUCACAUGCCUUUGUUUAGAUUUUAAUGCUAUCUAUACAUUAAAGGGGAAGGUGAGCUGCCAGGCUCUGACAUGCUCUUGCUGAGGGACUAGGAGAAGAUUGCUUCAGUGGUCUAAAGGUUGGUUCUACCUAGUGCCUUAAUGUGCAGCAAGAAAUGGGAGCUUUAAUACAUGCUAAGAUAACCUUCCUUCCCCCAGUUCCAAGAUGGCCUUAUUCCACCCUUAAAAGUGUUCAUCUGAGACUGACUGACUGGUCUUUGAUGUGUUAGGUCUGCUUUCUGAAUGAGACUAAAAUUGUACUUGCUUUUGUUAGACCAACUUGAGCUAGUGUUUGCUGUGGUGGAGAGACAUGGAGUGUAUUUUUACAAAGACUAUUUUGGCUGGAUUCAGGACCAUUGACUGGUAAGGACAGCAGUAGUCUUUUCUCAGAAAACUAAUUAAUUGCCCAUUUGGAUGGGUAAUUGCAUAAUAUGUUGUUUUGGAAAAACAUUAGAAGAAAAUAGCCUGAGAUGAGUUAAUGUUGAAGAUAGCAUUUUAUUCUAGGCUAGAUCGUAGGUAUCUCUUUAGGCAGCUUGUUCUGUCUGUGCCGUCUGAUCGUGCUGUUUCAGGUGAGUUAGACUUGUGGGUUUAUGCUCUGUAUGGUGAUGUGGUUCCUGCUGUUUCACCUGGUGUGGUGAGGAGAUUUCCCCCUACUCUUCAUGUGGCUGGACUUCCUCAUUGGUGUACUGAAUUUAAAGGUCUCAUGGCUGAAAGCUGGUAGAGAUGCCUAGCAUUGCAGCACUGAUGCACACACUUAAUACAUAGGCAUCAAUUACUAGUUAAUUAUUUCCUCUGUCUGUGGAUCCCAUGAAUAUAUAUAUAUAUAAUAUGUACUUAUAUAUAUGUAUACUAGUAUUGAAUUGUGAGCCCCUCAGAUAAGUAAUAUUUCAGAGAUGCAGUACUUCCUCUAAAAAAGUUUUCAUUUUCUUGUUCCUGCUGUGGGACUUCUUGAGAAAAUGUUAUUUGCACAUGUUCGUUCUUGAAAUCUACCAUAGCCAAGAGAGCUUUAGUUAAUGCCAAACAUGUGGAUAUUUUGAAGCUAGUGAAUGGUCUCUGGGGAGAACUUAAGCUUGGAGGCAACGCUGGUUUUCACAGACACUCCGAAUGGCUGUCUUUUAGAAGGCUGCAGAUUUUAUUUUCAUGCUUGGAAACCCCACAAUGUGUCAGUCUUUGCAAAACCUUUUAGAUGUGGUUCAUGAAUAUACCAGUAAGUAUAUGUUUGUGUAAAAGAGUGACUGUGCAGUGUGUAAAUACUUUAAAUUAUUACGGUAGAAGAAUAAAGUUGCCUGCCCUGCUGAGGAACGUCUGUAACGUGGUGUUAGUGACCCCUGGUGGGGUGCUGAGAAAUUGGGGAUGGGGGCUGCGCACCGGGUGGGCAAUCCAUUUAUUGCAUGGCCCCUAUUUAUUUUCUAGCCAUCACUUGCUGUGUAGGAAUGUGCUGAAUACGAUCACCAUACUUCCUUGCAGAUGCUUGCUUCCCUCCUCUAAACUAGCUGUGUAGUGAAAUUUAUGGUCAGCAGCUGCAAAGCAGGCCUCUUUCUUUAUCGAGGAGACAGCGUGUGGGAAAGCAGCGGCCGGAAGCGUCCACUCCAGAUCCCACUUGUACGCUCUUCCUUGCAGUGUUUGCAGAGAUAUUUAGAAGAGCUUAGACACAGCAGUCUGAUUUUGCUGUGACUAUCUUGAAAAAGGUUAUGAAAAUCCUGUUUUCAGGUUAGUGGGUAACUCUCAAACCGGAAGGACCUUGGGAGAGAAAAUUAAUUGCUGUAAAAAUGAAGAGGAAAUUGAGGGAUUGAAAGAAUAAAUGGUACAGAAGAGUCUAUAAAUAGACUACAGAAGUUCAUAUAACAAAAUGAUCUGUUAAGCAUGCAUGGGAACUUUAGUAUUUGAGCUGCAAGGCUAAUCACAUGGUAUGAAGGUAAAAUGAAAAUGCCAGUGCUUAAAACAGGUUAUAUCGCACAUGUACCAAGAAAGACAGACCUAAUAGAUACAAUUUUGAAUGUCUUGCUUUUUAUCUACAGCUAGAAUUAGGGGUGGAACAAUCUGAGUGAGUGAGUGAGCAGUUGGUGCAGCGCUGAAACACUGUGGGGAAGCAAAUGGCUGCAGGAAGCUAAAGGGAGCUUUCAAUGAUGUAUGUUUAAUGUGUACAGGAGGAGACAUUCAUUUCUGUAAGAGUUUAUUUUCAGAUGUGUUGAUUUACCACUGCAAGCUCCGUGGAAGGCAAUAUAGCAUGAUCAUUGGUGUUUUGAUGCAACAACUACUAAAUUAUUGCUGAAGAUACCUGUUGUUGGCCUUGGUCAGUCAGUGCCUUGGAUGUUACUGGCUUAUUCAAAAGAUUAUUUUAAGUCUCUUCUGUAGCAUUUCUAACCAGAGUAUCCUCUAACCCUGUAUUAAUAUAGCCUGUUUGUUAAAAGCGGCUGAGGAUAAGUCUCUGUGUUUAUAGCUGUGGAGACGAAUGACGUCCCCAGGAUACAGGCAGCAUGUCACUGCGCCGUGCAAAGAGCCUGGCACUCGGGCCUUCAUCUUCGAUGCAUGUGCAGCGCCUCAGUCCUGGAAAUAGUGCACGCAACGGACUGUCAAACCAAUGUUGCUUUUCUCUCUCUGUCGCACUCCACUUUGGAAAAACUCGUCUGGUAGAAGGAGCUGUAUAGAGCAAAUGGAGCGGGGGGGAAAGGCAGCGGGGCACUACCUGAAGGUGAGGAAAAGCAGGGGCUGAACGCAACCUGCUGCUGUGCAGUGGGGUUAAUUUAGGGACCUUCAAUAUGCAAGCACAGCAGUGCAUCUUGUUUCAAACAGCUGCUAUCUUGCAAGCAAAUAAGUCCCCGACCAUUUAUGUUUGCAUACAUAAAAAUUAUGGAUACUGUGCAUUUGUUUCCUGGUUUUUGAGGCUAUGGGAGUGGCUACUUACUUAUUACACUCCUACAUUAAGCAGUUUUGCAAGCUCAGUAACACCUAAUGACUGCUUCAUUAGGGCACACAUUUAGAAAAGUCUCAUUGUGGCUUGUGGGUUUCCUCUCUUUUGUCACACCUGUAGUAGCGUUUCAAAUCUUGUGCUCAUUUUGUUCAUGUAAGUACUGCUGGGGUGUUGUACACUGAGGUUUUCAUGCUUUGGGUUAUUUUAAUUCCCAUCUGUGUCUUUCUUACUGCUAAACAGUAUUUCUUUCUCUCUUUCCAAAUUCUAGGCAUUAAAGAAUGCUUCUCUAUAAUUCCUAGACUUGGCUAGUAAUGACUUGAUUUUUUUUUUUUUUUAAAAAAAGUUAUUCAGUGCUGUUUACAAGAUAAACUCUCUGUGUCGUGAUGUUAGUUCUCUCCAUCUAUACUCAAAAGAAGUGAGGGCUGUACGUGUCAAUGAUGUUCAUUAGAUUUUAUCAUUCUUAUUAAUUAGCUUGUUUUGGAAAGAAACAUAGCCACAGAAUAAAAACAAGUAUGCAGGUAAAUUUAUUGUAAUGCUGAUGGAAAAUGAUUGCAUCUGAUCUGGUUCAGAAUUAUUUUAAUCUGUCUGUGUUUGUAAAUUAUACUUCAUUGAAAUUAAAAGCUGUUGAUUAGUAAAUCAACUGUGAAAAGUAAGAUUGAUUACAGGGUCAGAUAUGUAUGGGGUAAGACUCAGAAGUAACAAAUAAGUAUAAAAACAUUGUAAUGUGUAGCAUAUGCAGUGCCAAUACUACUUAUAGGAAUUAUUUUCAUGAAUACUGUAGUUUUAAAGCUUAAUUUCUUUAUAUAUACCGUAACAGUAGGAAAGUAACCCCUUAAAAAUAUGAUGUACAUACUUUAAGUUGAUUUUAGUAUGUACUGAAGGCUGAGAUUGCAAAGGAUUUUAUAUGCUCCGGUGUGUGAAGUGUUUAAAUCCCAAACUGAGAUUCAUAGUACAGGAUCCAGGACUGCAGGAUCCCAGUCUCACUCUCCAGUGAGACUCACCACUUAAUCCAGUGGUGUCCCCCAAGGAAUCUUUAGUUUUGCUGCUGAGCGAAGGAAAGAGAGACUUGAGGGUGAUGCCUUCACCCCAGCCAGAUUCACAGGUCAGUCGUUCAGCUGCCCGGUCUAUUUGCAGGGCACUUUUGGUAUUCCACCUGAUUACUCCGCAUGCCUGGCCCAGAGGAGGGUAAGAAUUACGUAUAGCGCAGCAGUUUAAGCAUUCUGCCCCAGCUUGGGAGAGGCGAGUUAAAAUUCCUCCGCUGCCUGAGCAGAGAUUUGAUUUUCACAUCUUGGGGAAGUGCCAAAUCCCUAACAACUGGGAGGUAUUCUCAAAUAAAUGCCAUUCUGCUUUGUUAGAUAGUGAUAGCUUUAUCUAAAUUAGGUCUUAGGUGCCGUGAAAGAAGCUGGAGGCAUACUUCAGAUUUAUUUCAUCUAUGUUCAGUAAACAAAACAUGUAAUCCCUCUCUAUACUCAGUGGAGUCAGAGGCACUAUUUUAGGCUGGGUGAGUUGUCUUCUGGAGGUGCCUAGUGAUGACCUUAGAGAGGAAACCCAGGUAUCUAACUUUUAGGUAACUAAAGUCAGAUGAAGGGAAUCUAGGCCCAAUGGCUAGAUCAAAAUUUCCAAGCUAGGCUCCCCCUCAGGGACUACCUGCACUUACUGGAGACCAGCUAGCUGAUCCUGGUGCUUCCCAUACAGCACCACACGUAUCUCCUGCUCAAGCCUGGCUGAGGUGCAUCACUUGGCCUUUGAAAGCCCCACAGUGGAUGCUUUCAGUGGCUUUCAAACCCAGCCUGCCUCUGAAAUCAUUGCAGGGGCCUGUAACAUCCUCAUUAUAGAUAGCUCAGCACCUGGCUUACAGCUAUAGCUGAUAAAAAUCCUCUAAUUUAGCAUCCCUUUUGUAAGACUCCCACAGGCCUGUCUUUUCCCAGAAGUACCACCCAGCUCUUCCAUACCAGUCUUGGUGGGAGAGCAUGAGAAUGGGCGUCAAAGAUCUCUGCGAGAUUUAAACACAUUGCUCCUACUUUGUGUAGCCGGGGUAGCAGCUCCUGUCACAGCAGCGGUUUGUCUCUCCAACAGUUGCUCUCUCCAUCAGGCUAGCCUUGUAGUGGCAAACCUUUUCGGUAAUGAGGACAAGUUAAAGAAGAGUAACACACAUCACUGUCUUUGCUGCCCCUGCCAGGCUGUUGGUCCUGACCUUGAUGUAAGUGCCAAUGAGCUACGAGAGAUAGAUGGUACCAGAAUAAAUGAUUUUUUUUUCCACAUUUAGCAAUUGUAUAAGACUUUUUAUCAAUCAAUUAUAAAUUGUAUUAAAAGACCAUAGAUAAUUAAA